AUGAACCUAUGGAGGAGGUUGAGCCACAAGAGAGCCACAAGAGGAGGAGAAGAACUCCCUAUGUACCAAGAGCACUACAAUGCCCUCUUCUCCAUGGACUUCAUGGAUACCAAGUACCCACAUGUUGACACAAUGAAGGCCCUUGGAAUCUUUGAAGAUGUGGAGCUAGUUCUCAAGAACAUGCACUUGGCCAAGCUCUUCUCUUAUCACAUGGAAUCCUACAAGGAGCUCACUUGCGAGUUCUUAGCUUCAAUGAGGUACCACAUGUAUGAAGAGGAAGAUAGAGCUGAUUUGGACCAAGGAUUGGGAUGGAUCACGUUCUUGGCUAAGGGAGAGAAGAGAAUGGUGACCUUUAGGCAGUUGGAGAUCUUGUUUGGGUUCAACUAUGGAGAAGGUACCAAGUGGAACUUCAAGGAGAAGGAACUCCAAAGGGUUUGGGCUACAAUCGCUGAUGGAGUGUACUCUUCCUCAAGGUCCAAGGCAGCUCAGAUCAGGAGCCCAGUGUUGAGAUAUGUGCACAAGGCACUUGCCAACACCUUCUUUGCAAGGAAGGCAACCGGGACCAUCAACGAGGGGGAACUCAAGUUUCUUGACAUGGGAAUCAAGCCCAUUCUCUCACGCACAAGCGAUGGCAAGAGGAUCAGGGGAGAUAGAUCACACAGGGAACUUGAUGCCUUUCCUUGA